GCCUUGAACCUUCUUCCUCCGCUGUCUCUCAUCGCAACAGCCCUGUCGCUGCUUGGCGCUGCAGCAAUCUCCGGCAUAGGUGCAUGCCCUGGACCUGGUCCGGGGCCCUUUUCCACCUCUCCGCAGCCGAUACGGCAGCUCGAGUCCUGCUGACCUCAUCAUCCCCCAUCUCCCAUGCAUGCAAGGGCGCUGCGACGCGCCGUCCCUUGCAGGCGGCUGAACCGCUCUCGCCUGAUCCGUGUAACCUCACCGCUCAUGCUGCCUCUGCGGCGUGAAGGAACGCUCCAAUCCGUCCCGUUGCAUUCGCGGCUUGACGCCAGUAUAGACGACUAUUGCUUUUCGCAAGGGCCUGAGCCUGAACCUGCCCGCCUGAGGCGACGCUCAAUAAUCAUCAACCCUUCACUGCUCGUUUCCUCGACGUAGGACCAAUGUCGCAGCCAUAUGGCUUUUCAUCACCCAGCCUGCAGGAAUGUUGCACCGCCCAGGGUCGAGGGUCCUUUGUCUUGUCGCAUGUCAUGCGAGGUGAGAUGAGGAGAGGUG